AUGUCUCAAAUGCACCCCUCAGAGAACUGCCUGAGUGCAGGCCUCCUCUAUCCCUCCCCCUCCUGGCUCGGUCUCUCUUCUCUUGUGUGCUUCCGCUCACGAACCAGAAAGCCUCCGUCUGACAGUAGGACUCCCAGCCCUGAGUCCGUCUUCACCCUGAACACUCCAGCCCCAGUCAAGCUGUCCCACCCUGCCUUCACUUCUUCCUCUUCUUCUCCUCUAGCUUCUCUUUCUCCUCCUUCCUGGCCCCUACAGGCCCAUCUGGACUCCCAGCCAGCCUUCUCCCUCCAUGAGGGGCAGCAGGAGGCGCCGGGGGCCCUGGAUGUGGACCCCCAGCCUCUUCAGCGUUCCUCACCGGGAAACCUCCGCGACCUAGAACAGCGACUGUACCACGAUGUAUCCACUCUGACAGACCUUUGUUCAGACCUGCCAGAGCUCGAGAUAGUGAGCCUCCUUUCAGAGGGACAACCCAACUACACUCUCCGAGCUGACAGUGUGUUUGGAUAUGACAAUGACGACUGGCUGCGCACCCCUCUGCUGCCACCAGAAGUCGUACUGGGACUCACACACGAGCAGAUUGAAGAGACGUUCAAGUACUUCUUCCAACGUGGCCAGGUGAACGGAGGCAGGCAUGACGACAGAUGGCUUUACAGUCUGAGGGAUUAUAUAUUAACACCGAGCAGCUCAGAUUCUCCUGCACACACAAGUGGAUACACCCACUCACGUAGACUAGUGGAUACUGUUUACCCAAACACACAAGCCAGCAGAAUCAUGCCAGAGACAAAACCGGUGUCUCACAGGACAUCCAGCACACAGUAG